AUGGAAGGAACCAAAGUGUUAUUAACGCUUUCGAAAACCUGUAAGGUACGCCUUAAAACUCCACUGCAACUAAACAGCAACAAGAAUUUAAAAGCGACUUCCUGCGCGGACCAGGAAGGACACAUCCCAUCGUGGACUUGCAACACAAAAGAAAUACGACGGCUAGCCAGCCCCGACAAGGGCGGGCAUCCAUUCCGGCUGCCGAAGCCAAGAUGCCUUAGUCCAAAUGGGCGGAGCCACUCGUGUUGCGCUUCGGCUACUGUCGUCGUAUUACGCUAUUGUGUUGGUCAAUCGCCGCGAGGUGUUGGGGCGGGACGAUCGUUGACGCCUCGGCGACCAUCGUCGGUAGCCGAUGAUGUAGCAACUCAACUACAGGAGACGAAACGAGUUCGAGCUGAACGCCUGAAAGCCCUACGUAGAUGA